AUGCAACACCAAGCACCUUCCACAUUAUUUCUCUAUUUUGUCUUUGCAUUUGUGGUACAGACAUGUUUUCACAACCAUCAACAACAACUCUCAGUUUUGGCUGUCAAUACAUGUUAUGGCUAUUCGGCCACAGAUUUGAACUCAUGCGGUGGACAUGGCUUCUGUGCUGGGUCAAAUAAUUGCUAUUGUGUGGAUUCAACAAGUGGUAACACUCUGUAUUCAUCGGGUGGAACCAACAACCUCUAUCAAUCAAAUUCUAUUUACUCAUCGAAUGGAAUUUACCAAUUGAAACAACAAGUGGAUGGCAAUUUGGUGCUUUAUAAACCUGGAUUGGUUGCCUAUUGGGCAUCUGAUACUAAUGGACAAGGAACAGCUCCGUAUAAUUUAGUAUUGUCAUUGGAUGGCACUCUUGAGAUACGAGACCAGGGAGGUGUUUUAAAGACAAUUUCUUCUGCAUGCACCUCUGGUACAGCCCCUUUCAGAUUAGUCAUGCAAUCAGAUGGUAAUUUGGUACUCUAUGGUGCCCAGAAGGAAGUUUGCUGGACAGCCAAUCAGUAUUUUGGAAAUUCACUGACCUACACUUGGUCUGGUUCUCAGUGUAAUGAAUAUCUCUGUUAUGGAUUAUAUGGAUCGAGUGCUUGUAGUGGACAUGGAUCAUGUAAUGCUCGAGAUAGUUGCUCAUGCUAUUCUGGAUAUUCAGGAAGUACGUGUUCAAAUUACUAUUGCAAUAGUAUUCUCUAUUCUCAAGUUGGUACUGUUUGCAAUGGUCGUGGAACAUGUACUGGUCCAAAUACUUGCUCAUGUCAAACAGGAUAUUCAGGAACAUUUUGUGAAUUGUAUUAUUGUAAUGGCCUUGCACCAAGUGAUCCAAAUGUUUGCAGUGGAUUUGGAACAUGUUCUUCACCAAAUACAUGUAGUAAUUGUCAAGCAGGAAGAUAUGGAUCUGAAUGCCAGUACUAUGACUGUGGUGGAAUUAGAUUCGAUCAACCAAAUGUAUGCUCUCGAGUAGGAUCAUGUGAUUCAAAGAAUAAUUGCACUUGUCCAGAGUUAUACUUUGGAGAUAAUUGUGAAAAUUAUAUGUGUAAUGGAAUUAUCAAUAAUUCUUCAAUGGUUUGUUCAGGACAUGGAUCAUGUUCUUCACCAGAAAAUUGUACCUGUCAAGAGGGUUAUUAUGGAGAAGAUUGUGAAUUAUUCGAAUGUAGUGGAAUAUUGAAAAAUGAAACAAAUGUGUGUACUGGAUUUGGUAAUUGUACAGCAUUCGAUACUUGUCAGUGUGAUGAGCAACAUACUGGCAAAUUCUGUGAAAUUAAUAUUUGUAAUGGAGUUCUCUCAAACAAUCCAAAUAUUUGUUCCUCACACGGUCAAUGUCAUUCAUUCAAUAAUUGUACAUGUGAUGAAAAUAGAAUUGUGAAAUUUAUGAUUGUUAUGGUGCUUCUAGGAAUUCCUCAACUGUCUGUUCAGGACGAGGAUCAUGUACAGCCUAUAAUAAUUGUAGUUGUUUAG